AUGCCCUUUGCCUUUGUAACUGAAGAUGGAACAGGUGGAAAUGUUACCAAUGCACUUUUUCUAUUACAGAUUGUGUUCUACGAGGACAAGAAAUUCAAGGGUCGCUCCCAUGAGUGCAAAACCGACACUAGUGAUUUGCACUCCUUUUUCAGCCGCUGUAACUCCAUCAGGGUGGAGGGAGGCUGCUGGGUGGUGUAUGAGCGCCCUAACUUUAUGGGAUACCAGUAUAUCCUAACCCCUGGGGAGUACCCUGACUACCAACAUUGGAUGGGCUUCAAUGACUGUAUCAGGUCUUGUCGUGUCAUUAAAAUUGUCCAUGGUUCAGACAAACUGAAGUUAUUUGAGAAGCCCAACUUUGAGGGCACUGUCAUGGAGGUGACAGAGAAUGUGCCCUCCACUCCAGACCGUUUUCCAAAUAAGGCGGUGCACUCCUGCCAUGUGUUCCAUGGCGCCUGGGUCUUCUUUGAGCACCCCAACUACAGUGGCCGGCAGUACCUCCUGGAGAAGGGCGAGUAUAGCCACUACACUGAGUGGGGAGCCAUGCACCCCACCGUGGGAUCCAUCAGGCUCAUCACAGACGUCUAG